UUUAUAAUUGUUAAAAAAAUGACUUUGAUAUUCUUUAUUAUUCUAAACAUCAGUUUUAUGUUUGCUGGUCCAAUGGUUGUACAAUUAAAUGGAAAUAAAUACUAUAUAUCGUCGAUGAGCCCAUCUGAAAUUCAGUUAAACUAUUUUGUAGCAUGUAAUUUUUGUGAAAAGCUUGGAUUAAGAUUAGUGUCACUACAAACUUUAGAAAAGACCAGAGCCUUGAUAGAACUUUUAAAAAAUGGACGAGGAACAGAAUAUAAUUUUUGGAUUUUAAGAGAAAGUAAUGUCUUUGUCCAUCAAAGUUGGAUGACACAUGAACAGUCACUUAUUCAAACUCUUCACUAUAAGGAUAACACUACUCGUGAAAAGACUAAAACAAGUUUCAAAGAUUUGGUACAUAUCAGUCCCUACUACAAUACCAACAUUCUUAGUAUUAUCUUCAACAUCUACCUCGUCAUCAUUAUCAAUCAAAGAGCUCACAACAGCAUAAAAAUAGAGCGCUUGCUUUUCACCUAG